AGUUUUCUGCUGCCGAGAAGUUUGUAGCGUGGAACAAGCUGUCUUUAUCAGCAAUCUUCCUCUGGGGAGUUUGCUGUUGUUUUUGGUAUGCGAUGUACCCCUCUCGUUAUCCAAGUCAGUCCUUCGGACUGAAGGCACACGGUAUGUGCAGGACGGAUUCACCCGGAGGGUCGGUGUACGCACCCCGGCUCUCCCAGAGACCCCCUGCCCACCCUCUACCUCCCAAGGGUGCCCGCUGCAUCUUCCCAGGUAGCACUGCAGGCUGGGGAACAGAACUAGCAAAUAAGAGGAGGUGCAGUCCCCUCCCUUCCCCUCCAUCUUUAUUGUCCCUAACUGUUGGUAAUUGAGGGUUAAGUAUUUGCUGUGUACCUGCCCUGGGUGGUGGUGCAGAGAGGGUUAAGGUGCUUGAUUGACUAUAAACGUGUAGGUGACUGACUCUUAUCCGAUGGUGGGGUGGUUUGCUUUUUUCCCCUCUGUAAAAUGUCAGCCAUUUCCUGAUGAGCCUGAUGGUGGUGGUGAAUUUCACACCUUUUUUCUUCUCUGUGAGGAAAUCUGGGUGUUAAUGGUACUGGAGCAGGUCGUGUUUUAUAAGGAAUGAGGCUGUCUCAGAGCAGAGAAAAAGCAGGGAAGGGAGAGGAGGUGAGGAAGGGGAUUCAAGGAAACUGCCACUUAUAAUAGGCAUUAGCUGGAUUAUUUUGCACUAUUUUUAUUCAGAACAUGUAGAUGUAUCUUUAUUUGCUAAGUGCAUUUUUUUCCUAUGAAACGUUGGAGUUCAGUUUAGAGUUCAGCAUAAAAAUAAUCUUCUCUUUUAAUUUCACAGGGAAAUUUAGCACUGCAACAGCUGAAGAUGGAAAAUUGGUCGGUUGAGCAAGUCUGCAACUGGUUGAAACAGAGAAAUUUAGGAGAACUAGUUCCUAAGUUCCGUGAAGAAGAAGUAAGUGGUGCAGCUCUUCUGGCACUUAAUGAUCGUAUGGUGCAACAGCUGGUGAAAAAGAUUGGGCACCAGGCAGUGCUGAUGGACCUGAUUAAAAAAUACCAUCAACAAAAAAGUGGGCUGGAUUCCCUUACAGGCUGUUGUGAAACUGCUUCUCAAAAAUUUCCAGAAGUAAUCAGUGGGGCUACUGACAGACAGAUGUUAAAUUCUUCUGGUCAUGUAGAGCAGAAAAAAUAUCUGUGCUUAAGUGAAAAUGAAAAAGGACUAAUUGAUCUCAGGGUGCUAAAGCAGAAAAAAAAUCUGAAAUCAUUUUUUGCAAGACACAAGAUGUUGCAGUGGACAAGUUCUUAUGCUUUGCCAGACUUUCCUUAUGAUGUCAAGUGUAUAUUAGCUGAAAAAAAAUGCCCUGAUCACAGUGUGAGAAUAAGGAUUAUUGAAUUUUUACAAGCAGACAUGACAAAAUACCUAGAAGGAUCACUGUAUCCGAACAGUCAGCAAUAUAACGUUGUUGUCAAUGCUCUGCUGCAGGCAUACCCAUUCCUUGAUGAAGACGGGAAUGGCUUUUUACUAUGGAAACGGGCACUUAAAGAUCGUUUCAAAUAUGUGCGGAGACCCAUUGAAGAUGAUGAGCAAGUCCUGAGGAACAAAUGCAAGUUUGGCCACAGGAGAGGACAGACCAGAAAAUCUUCAUUUGCUGAAAACAAACUUGAUGAAGUCCAGGUGCAGAUAGAGGAAGAACCUGCUUAUCUUAAAGGCAGUACAAUGGAUUUACAUAUUAAAUGGCUUAAGCAAGAAUAUAUGAAAACUCAGAGGAACUGGAAAGAAGUGGAUAACAAAAUGAAUGUGACAAUAGAAAUACGGAGAAAGAUGAUCAGCAAUAAGGCACCUUUAAAAGAUAUUCUUAGGCUAUUUCCUUUCUUAAGAUGCCCUUAUCAGCUUUUUAGGGAGUUCCAGCUUCUCACACACAUGGACAUUUAUAAGAAAACAGUUGGGAUUUUGGAGAUUUAUUCAGAAAAUAUAUUAUCUUUGUAUGUCGUGAGGAAUAAUCCAAUUAACAUUAUGCUACAAGAAAAUCUGAAGCAGCACACAGAGGAAGAUGUUCUGAAAUAUAUGAAAAUGACUGCUGCAUGUUUACUCCUGCCAGAUGUCUUUGGAGAUGAUUCCAGUCUGUUUGCUGCAGUAAACGAGGAGGUAAAGGCAGUGACACCAGUGUUGGAAGUAAAGAAUCCCUUCAAUGUGAAUUCGUGUGAGUUUGCACUGUAUGUGGAAAGGGAAGAGCUGGCCCAGCUCGAUGACUGCACUAUGGCCCUGGCGGCGCUGGUAGCUGCAUUUCAUGUAUUCGACAUCCCGUGCCCAAAGAGGAUCCACAGGACACUAAAAUUCCUGGAGUCCCUGGUCUUUGAGGUGAGGAACCCAGAAUCCCUGCCCAUUCAGGUAAAGACAGGGCUGGAGGCACCCAAGUAUCCAGUAUCUGAUGGCGCACACAGCACUCCUCUUGGGAGCAUUUGAUAUUUUGUCAAAAUGAAUCCCUUUGUUGUGAAGAUAAAUCAGUGCCAUUAUUUCUAGUGGAAGUGUAUGUAUAUUUAAAUAUGUU